AUGGAAAGCGAAUUUGCCCUUAUGUCCUAUGUAAGCAGAAACAACUCUCAGUUUCUUGAUUUUGAUCAUUUUCAAGAACAACAAUGUGUCCGGCGGAUACAACACACGUCGAAGCGCCUACCUGAACUCCUGCCACGGUCAUUCGAGCGCAAGUUCAACUCGUUCCAGGAACAGUUUGAGCUUCUCUGGUAACACUAACAAACUCAUCCUGAAAUAAGAAGCGCAAUUUUCAGAUAUUCAACACCUUCUUGCCGAAGAUGAUUCCCCGCUUAUGAAUGACAUGAACGACAGUUGCUACCAUGAUCCACCUCCUGCUCGAUCCCAGUCUCCCUAUGGUAAUUAAAUGAAACAAAACGGGCAGCAAAUCAAAAAAGGGGUGACAGAGAAAUGGCGACAACUAAUCAUUUUCAGCGUUAUCAAACUUUUUGAUAGCUUCAGUUUCUGUCAAAUUGCUAAAUUGUACAGCGGGGCAGAUUUGAUUCUUGUUAAUAAAACGAUACAAACUAUCACAUUUUUUUUAUUUUUAAGAGUCGUCACCUGUUGAUCGACCUGUGACUAGAAAGAGAGCUAACACUUCGUCCAGCGGAAACUGUGAUAAAAGGACGGCAAAUAAGGUUUAUUCCUGAGGCUAGCGGUUUUUUUCACAUUUUUACCUAGGUAUUCACGUGAGAACUGUUUUUUUAAGGAUUUUUUUUUACUUUUUAAAUAUUCAUUCCAGUUUUCUCAUAGCAUUCUUUCAGAUUUGUCGAGUUUGCGGAGACAAAGCUUUCAGUUACAACUUCAACGUAAUAACGUGUGAAUCUUGCAAAGCAUUUUUUCGUCGGAAUGCAAACAAAGUUGUUAAUCUAACUGAAAAAAAUCCAAGAAUUACUUCAGGAAAAAGAAAUAAGAUGCCCUUUUAACGAAAAUUGUGAAAUAAAUGUUGUAUCUCGACGUUUCUGCCAACGAUGCCGCUUGACUAAGUGCUUGAAUGUAGGUUAUUCUGAAAAAUUCAUUUUUUGAAAAACAUCAUUUUUUAGGUAGGCAUGAAAAAAGAAUGGAUAAUGUCUGACGAAGCGAGACUCGAGAAAAAACAAAGAGUGGAAGAAAACCGCGAGAGGAGACUUCAGGUGGAAAAUCAAACACAUUUUCAAAAUUAUGAAAAAAAAAACAGUUUCAGGACGCGAUGAAUAGAGCAGAAGAAGAUAUGAUGCAACAAGAUGAUUCUCCUUAUGAAACCUACGAAGAGCAGAUGCCAAUGACGGUUCGAGAUUUCGUUCUAUCCACAGUUCCCAAUGAAGACGAUCGGCUCGAUGAACCAUGCCCAUCACAUGGACAUGUCUCCAAAGUUGGUGAUUUUCCUACAAAAAUACAUUAAUUUUUGCUUGAAACAUUCAAAAAAUCGAAGGGUUUGAGCAAAGCUUUUCCAAUUAAUAUUCCUUUUUUUAUAUAUCAUCAUUCCAAAAAAAUAAAUCACCAAGAAAGUAUUAUUUUCACAAAGUUGGAUAAAACUUGAUUUUAGUGGAUAUUCCCAUCAUAACCCGAAUAUGCAAAAUCAAUCGAAUGGGAUGCCCCAACUCUGCCAUCCUCAUCAAAUGAUAGACCAGAUACCUACCACAGGUUUUCUGCUCUUUUUUUUUUUGAUCUCAUACCAUUUCUUCAGGAGCAAGAUCUUUUGCUGACGUCAGUGCGACGACCACUUCCAUGCCUCCUUCUUUGGAUAUUGAUCCUGCGACUACAAUGACCAGCAGUGGAUUCAUUCCUCCUGAUAUCCAUGAUCAACCUGGGGAUCAUUGUAACUUUUUCAAUCAAUUUUAAAAUUUCUCAUUCACAAAACUCCUGAGCUCACAGGAAUUUCAGGGUUUGAUGGUCCUCUAAUGCAACCAAUGGUAAUCCAAAAUCCAGUUGAUAAUUCAAAUAUGAGUGCUCAGCGCAUGGCUACACAAGCCGUUAUUAAUCAUCAACAUCAACAGGUAUCUUUUUUUAGAAGGUCGUUUUAAAGCCUCUUUUCAGAUGGCCGCAGCUGUUGUUGCGCACCAAGUGGUUGCCCAAAUGACGGGUCCACCGCCACCUCCAGAUCCAGUCACCACUAAUGUCAUUCAACACAUUCACCAGGUUCAUUUUCUGUUGAAAGCCUAAAACAAGAAAACGUUCUUCACUCACUAUUGCGUUUUCAGCCUAUGCAACAACAAAUGCUUCCACCCCACAUACCCCCAGCAAGUACAAUGAUAAUGAAUCCGUUGGAAGCUCCGAUUCAGUCAGUCAACACAGAAAUGGUCACCAUUCCUCGAGAGGUUUUCUCCACCUUUGAAAAAAAAUUAUAGUCCUCUUUUGAAGAUGUUGCUGAAGUUGGUACAAAACAACACUCUGAGGGCGGUCAAUUGCUCUUGCACCUGUGUUUGUGGCCGCUAUCCGCCGGGAGCUACCAUUGUAGAUGAAGUUAGAUUUUGCUCAAAGGUGCCGGUUGAUCAAAUCGAUUUGAAGGUGACCAAGGAUCUUAUGGCGGCAGGCAGCUCAAACCUUAACUGUAUCGAUCCUCUAAAAGACGAACAGAAACUGGAGACGGCUGAAGAUUUCCAGGUUACUGAUUUUUCCAAGUUUGAACGCUUUACAUUUUUUAAUCUGUUCAUUAUGAUUUUUCGAUCAAUUUUCCUGAAUUUUGAAAAGGAAAGUUGAACAAAAUGAUGAGUUCGAUAACAAAAAAAACUUUUUUUCGCAAAAAUUUUAGCUUUGUAGCGAUUUCACAUUUAUUUUCCUCAGUUUCCGUCUUUUCCCUUUCAGUACAAGGAGUGUUUCUGAGAAUUCUCACGAAGAUGAGUUUGAAUCAACAUUUCCAGUUUCUUACGACUUAAAAGAGUCUGCGCUUCAAAAAUGAAAUAACUUUUGAAAAAAGUUUGAUAUCGAGUCAAAAAGAGACUGUGUGAGACUGUGAAACAUUAGGAAAACGGAAGAACUUAGAUUUUUUAAAAGUCUAUUAAACGAAAUCUUUCAUGACCACUGGUCGCAUGAUAAUGUAUUGAAGAGAAAUGGACUUCUGCCUUCGGAUGAUUCAAGCGUCCAAUGGCUAAACUCAGUGACGCCAACAGUUGAUCCCAGCGUUGCAAUGGUAACCCGUUCAGAUAAUCUGAACACAAUCUGAUUAAGACAUAUUUCAGGAAGAUGUUUCACAAUGCCGCAGGGAUAACAUGUACAUGAAUGCGUGUAUGAUCGACGCCCGUUUGUUCCUCGGUCAGAAAAAUUUAUAAUGUUUAAACGACAGAUAGUUCAGACAAUGACAACCGAGAGUUUACUGACGACGAGAAGGAACGCCUUGAAGAUAUAAAUGACGCCGCUAACAGAUGGAUUGAGACCGGAAUGAACAAGUGAGAUUUGUCUUUUUCAUAAAAAAACAUUUCUUUUUAUUAGUAGGGACAUAUUGGUUCAUCGUGCACCUUCACAGGUCGUUUCGUUAAAUCCAUUUGACUAUGCAAUUUGUAGAAAUGACAAAAUAAUGUUCAUGAUUUCAGCCUUUCCUUACGCGAACUUUUCAUGGAAUCGAGCGUCGAGAAAAUAGUUAGCACCUUGAACUGUCUGACGGCCUUCCGAUUUCUUAUAUUUGAAGACCAGUGCACUAUUAUCAAGGGUGAGUGCUCAUCAGAAUUAUCAGUAUUCGAAGUGCAUAAUUCAGCCGGACUUUCUGCAUAUUGUAUGGUUAAAUGGCUCCAACACCAUGAAGAAGUCCCACUCGAAGAUACUGACGCUGAAAUUUUGACCGAUAUGCAAAGGUUCAAGAAGAUUUUUGGCGAUACCUAAGAACUAAGUUUUCAAGGCUGAUGGGAGAUGAAACUAGCGAAUUCCGAAAACAGCCUGGAGCUUUCAACACAAUCGCCGUUCUGCUGCUCUUCAACAGCGAAGCGGAUUUCAGACAGCCUCGUUCCGUACAAAUGGAAAGAGACGCCUUCGAGCGAUUGCUCAUGAAGUUGGUUUUCCGAUUCAAAUUUUUCGCUUCGAAACUUUUUUGGGUUUUUUUCUGGAAAGUGCAUAUCUUCUUCUCAGAACUGUUUAUCAAUAUUGAAAACUCUUAUUCCAACAUUUUUGAAGUGGUGUGUGUCAUUAUGAAACUGAACUGCUGAGAAUGAACUUCACGCAACAAAAGACUCUAUUCACUGAAAACCAAUUAUAUUGUUGUUUCAUUAUGAAAAAAAUAUUUUUGAAAGAAAAAAUUGAUAAUAAUGCGAUUUAAGACUUAUGAAUGCUCCAACGUUGGGUAACGGAAACGGGGAGUUCGAACAACUUAUGGAGAUCGAGCCAGUGGUCCGCAGGUCUUCUCAACGGAUUGCCCACAUUGUCGGACACUUCAAUGACAAAAUGGUUGCCAGAGUUCUUCGUAUGAAAACUCAAUUAUAA